AUGUCGAAAUGCGUAAUUUGUCGACGAUUAGAAGGUCCACCUUACGGUAAUCCUGAAGCGCCACCAUUACCAGAGUUUCGUUUAAGCAACGAAUUAGCAUUUUCCAAGAUUGGCGUCGACUACGCAGGUCCCAUGUAUGUGAAGGACAUGUAUAGUCAAUCGAAAGAUAUGCACAAAGUUUACAUAUCCUUAUACACUUGUGCGAGCAGUAGAGCUUUACAUUUAGAUUUGGUUCCGGACAUGACAAGUGAAGCUUUUGUUAGAAGUUUAGAGCGAUUCAUUGGACGACGUGGAAUCCCAGCACUGAUUAUUUCGGAUAAUGGGAAAACGUUCAAGGGAAAAGAAAUCAAGAACUUUAUAGCGUCUAGGGGUAUUAAAUGGAGAUAUAUUGUAGAAAAAUCCCCUUGGUGGGGAGGAUUUUAUGAACGCAUGGUCAGAAGCGUUAAAAGAUGUCUAAAGAAAGUCUUGCGGAAUGCUAGGCUCACUUACGAAGAACUUCUGACAUUACUAAUUCGAGUAGAAGGAGUCCUGAACUCUAGACCAUUAACGUAUGUAUAUUCUGAUGAAGAUGAACCGCUAACCCCCUCGCAUUUGGUGUUAGGUAAGCGAAUACUUACGGUUCCAACGCAAGUAGAGAUCGACGCAAACGACGAAGGAAAGAACGAAUUGUUGAAGAGAAAGAAGUAUCUUAAGAAUGUCCUAAAACACUUUUGGAAAAGAUGGAAAUCGGAGUAUUUGACUCAACUGCGUGAACAACAUCAGCCAAGCAAGAAAGGCGGCCCAAAAAUCAAGGUCGGAGACGUCGUUUUAAUACAGGAAGACAAUGUUAAAAGAUUAAAUUGGCCCAUCGCAGUAAUAGAAAGUUUACUUAAAGGAAGAGACGGAAACGCUCGAGCAGCGACAGUAAGGAUGUUCAAUAAAGCUGGAAAACUCGCGACGACAAGAAGAGCGGUACAAAGAUUGUAUCCAGUUGAAGUGAACGAUAGUGAACGUGAAGUGACAGCUGAGUUUCCAAUUACCUUUGUCGAACGAGCAAAAUCAGAGAAUACGGACUGA